GCAUCAAUGAUAUAUCAUUAUAAUUAUAUUCUAGUCACUACAGUUCAUGUACAUGUCAUGUAUGUGAAUAAUGUUCAACCUUGAAGAUAAUUGCAUGACCUGAUAGAUGGCGACUAUGGUAAAAAUUGACCGAUUUGUUGCGUUAAGUGCAGCUACCAGUGUAGUCGAUAAGUCUCAAUAGCUUUUAAUUUUGUGAUAAGCUUUAUUGUAAAUUUUGUUGAAAUUGAAAGUAAUUAUUAAUCAUAAUUUGAUUUCACAAUGAGUAUCAACGACCUCCCUGAUGAUUGUUUACUCGCCAUUUUUGAUUAUAUCAAUUACUUGGGUGAUUUAACAGACUGCUUUAAAGUUUGUAACAAAUGGAGCUAUUUAAUUGCUGAGCGAACCAAAAAAGUUAAAUAUUUAAUGGCUAUUCGUUCUGAUUCAAAUGAUUCUGUUUAUUUCACUGGAUUGAAACCAAUCGAUGGAAGUUGUUUAAAGACAUUAUUUUCAAAUUUGCUAAUUGCUCAACUAUCAGAAGAAUUACUAAAAAAAGUAAGCCGCAAGGAUGUUGUUGCCUUUUUGGAAAAUCAAAAAUCUUUGAAAGGAUUGAUUCUUUCUGAUCACAUAACUAGCUAUUUGAAUUUUUUCGAUAUCGAAAUGAUUUGCUCAAACUGUCUUGGUGGACAUGAUACCAUAAAACUGAAACGUUUCAAUGUGAAACAAAUACACACUAUGCUCGAUCUUCUGCGUAAUCUACACAAAUAUAAUUUCUCAAAUCUUGAAAGGCUUUCUAUCACGAAUUACGGUUGUGCAAAAUGGUACAUAGGUCCAGUAUUGGCAAAACUCAAAAUAUUUGAAUGCACCCAACCAUUCAAUGAUCUUUCAGGCAUUCAUCAGAGUUUCCACUUCAUCGAUUCAUGUCCAAACUUACAAAGUGCAUAUAUUGUCGUGAAUCGUGAUCGCUAUUUUGUUAAUGAGUCGUUGGAACACCAAUUUUUGCAAGAUUUAGUUAUAUAUUUUAAAGAUAUUGCUAGAAUCGACUGGAAUCAAUUAAAAAGAGUGAUACUGAAAUAUCCCAAACUCAAACAUCUUGCGUUGAGAGCAAAGCUGACCAGAAAAAAUGGAAAUAUCGAAGGUAGCGUGGACAUGGAAAAUGAAUGGAUAGAGCAAUUGGUUCAUAUUUUACCCAAUUUAGUGUUACUUGAUGUUCGCGGGUGUCGUGGAGUCACUCAAACCGCUGAUGAUUAUGUGCAACAUUAUUGUAAACGAUAUGGAAGAUCAAUCAAGUUUUACUUCAACGAGAAUCGCCAUGAAAUCAAAUCAGAUUGGCCUCACUUAUCCACUAAAAUCGAAAAAAUUAGUCGAGGCUUUGACUUCAUGAAAAAUUGCUUUUUGAAACGUCCGCAUGAGCUUCCAUGUUUCUUGAUUCCCAUUGAAUAUUUAUAAGCACAUGUUCAUUAAUACAUUUAAAAUUACAAUAAUAAUUAGCAAGGUUAUUGUCAUAGUUUAUUAAAUUAGGAGAAGACAUGAUUUCGUGAAAUUACAGCAGAUUUACUGGUUAGUAGCUACUGGAAUACAUGGAAAAUCCAAAGACUCUCGUAAUUUAAUCGAACCGUUUUAUGCUUGGUUAUUCAUUCUAUGCUCAACAGAAUGUACGAAUUUUCAAUUAAUCUCAAAUUUUGUUCAAAAAAAAUUGCUGCAGUUCAAUGGUUACAAUUUCAAAAUUACAAUAAUAAUUAGCAAGGUUAUUUUCAUAGUUUAUUAUAUUAGGUUUCCAAUAAAGUUUUGACUGUCUCGAAGCUACUUCCUUUCAAACAAUUAA